AUGGCAGCCACUUACCAUGCUCGAUCAAACAACUUGCCCUCAAGGCAACACCCCAUCGUUUCACAAAUUGACGAGAACUUGAACCGAUUGAGGGAAUCUCAAUCAACCUCUACAUCAUCAUCGAUAGGCCACAAUCUAAGUGGUCUUCAGGAUUUGCAUGAAUGUGUUGAUGUAUUGCUUCAAUUUCCCCUCACCCAACAAGCUCUCGCCCAAGAGAAGCAAAGGGAAAUGGUUGAAGAGCUUUUGGAUGAAUCUCUCAUGCUCUUGGAUGUAUGUACCAUUCCUAAGGAUGCCUUGUUGCAAACAAAGGAAUGCACACAAGAGCUUCAAUCUAUUUUGCGCAGAAGACAUGGAGUCGAAGGGCUUGCUAAUGAGUUUAGGAAAUACUUGACAUCUAGGAAAGCCAUGAAAAAGGCAAUUUGCAAGGCCUUAAAGAACUUGAAGGCGAGGCGAGAAUCAAAAUCGAGCCGUUGGCACUGGUUUCAAGCAAAUGCACUAGAAGAAAGUAAUCAUGUCGAGAACGUGCAAAAGGAGCUUCAAAGCUUAGGUUUGAGCAUCCAAGAUCUUGAAGAAGGCCUUGAAACCCUCUCCAGGAGUAUGAUCAAAAAUAGAGUUACUGUUCUUAAUAUCAUCAGCUGUUAA